AUGUGCUGGGAAAAGCAAAUAAUCUACACAGACUGCCACCACAGCGUCUUCGAAGACAUAGACUGCGCAGACUACAAGACGCAACAGGCGCGCAAGCUCAACCCACACGACUCCAGCUUCACCUCCUCCUCCGUCGACUCUGCCCACAACCAUCAUCAUCAUCAGCUCAACACCAGCAGCGCCAACAACGCCAGAAGAGCACGACGAACCCGCAACCCCUGCUCCCCGUGGAUGUUCCUCCUCUGUCCCUGCCUCCCCUGCCCCUCCACCCCCUCCACGCCGCCACCGCCGCAAGCCCACGAAGAGUCCGGCGUCUGCCGCGGAAGGAAACGCUGCAUGAGUCCCGUCGGGGGAAAGUGCCCCCGUUGCGUCCAGGACAAGGCCGUUGCGGCGAUGCAGGCCGUCCCUCCGUCGACGCCGACGCUGGCGAGGACGCGGUAUCAGCAGCAGAGGCGUCCGGAGUUGGGGGGGAAUAAUGGUAUGAAUGAUACUUACGGUGUUCCAGGUGCUUCAGGAGAUCGAAAUCGGGGGCAGAAGGCCCCGCGGCGGGGGGAUAAUGCGCGUCGAUAUCAAGACUCCGGCGCUCCUGGCCAGCCGACUGGUGGUCACGAGGGGAACGGCACGAGGAGAGAUGGGGGGAACGCUGACGGCAGAAGUGGCGGAGGAGGUGUUGCUGGUGCAGUUGAACAUAGUUCAAGGGGUGGUAGAUCUCCGACGUCGCCGUGGUUCAAUAAGCGAUUUCACGACGCUCGCGGGGAGGAAGCCAGCCAGCAGCAGCAGCAUCGUCGAGGAGAGCAGCAAGGUGCCCAGCAAGCACAUCUUCACCAGCGACCUCAAGAGCAGCGGAUCCCGGUAAGUCACGAUGGACAACGACAGCAGCAACAGCAACAUCAAGUGCAAAAGAGACCAAGUGGUCUUACAUCGCCCCUUCCCACGCAGCCCGAGCCAAUACCCUCAUACGUCCGUGGACCUACUUUCCACCUCCUCCCGGCGCCCCUGAAAAUCAAGAAGAAGAAAAGCAAACAACAGACGUCCCCCCGUGCGGUAGAGGGGACGGCCGAUAUGUCCGGAGGGCUAACCCGUAGUUCGGCGAGCGUAGGCCGUCCUCUACAAGUGAACGCCACCCAUCAAACAGGAGAACAACGGAGCAGCCGGGAUCAGCAACAGGGAGACCACCGCGCAGUAGUCAGCAGCUCGGAGUCACGCAUCACAGAAGCGAAAUGUACCCCCGAGUUGCCACUGGAGGAGCUGAUGGAUGAGGUUGAGAUGCUGUGGCGGAGGGUCCCCAAUUAG